AUUUAUUGAUAACCUCAAAGACCUGUGACGAUUUUUUUUAAAAUAGUGUCUUGUACGGUUUUUAAAUGUUUUUCUUAUCCUAUUGUUUAUAAUUAUUAACAGCUGUUAUCAAUGGGACGUUAUCAUCAAGAAAAGUAUAUAUGACAACUUUCGCUAUUUUUAAACAAGCACAAGCGAGAUGUUUGCAAACAAGACCAUACCAAAAAUCACCCUCCUAGUCAGGUCGCUAAACACUAGUGUUUCGUUGUAUAAAAAACGCGAGAAUCCCAUUCAGAGGACGUUUAGAAUUUUGAUAAACGAUGUGGCUAAUACCUUUAAGGGUGUUACGAAUAAAAAGUCAAGAAACACAGUCGUGACACAAGAAUUUCCUAGUUACACAGACGUAGUUAUUAUUGGAGGUGGUGGUAUAGGAAGUUCUAUAGCUUAUUGGUUGAAAGAACACACUAGUUUCGACGGUUUUAAUGUGCUUGUUAUUGAAAAAGAUUUAACAUAUUCUACCUGUUCAACAAGUCUGUCUGUGGGUGGUUUAAGACAACAGUUUUCUUUAACAGAGAAUAUUCAAAUGUCUUUAUACGGGUAUGAGUUUCUCAGGACAUUGAAACAAAGGUUUGGACCUCAGGCUGAGGUGAAUUUUACUCCUCACGGGUACCUCCUGCUUGCUAGUGAAGAAGGUGCCGAAUUACUCAUAGCAAAUAGCAAAGUACAAAAUGAAUUAGGUGCUAAUAAUGUUGUAUUGACCAAAAAUGAAAUCAAAGAUAGAUUUCCGUGGAUGAAUGUGGAAGAUGUGGCAAUUGGAUGUCUGGGAUUAGAAAAAGAAGGUUGGUUCGAUGCUUGGUCUUUACUGCAAAUCCUCAAGAAAGCAGCUGUCGAAAAAGGAGCCAGAUAUCUGAACGCGGAAGUAGUUGAUUUCAAGUUUGAAGCUAAACCAGAGGUUGUCGUAUCGGGAUUUGAUGAUCAAGUGUAUGAACAGUCCAAUGAACUUGUGGUAAAAAUGCCCGAUGGUGAGACAAGAACUGUCAAUUUUGCUCUGUGUGUUGUAGCUGCUGGUCCCCAAUCAGGUCAAGUGGCAAGAUUAUUAAAAAUAGGCAAUGGAUCUGGAAUUUUGAAUAUCCCAUUGCCUGUAGAACCCAGAAAAAGAUAUGUAUACUCAUAUCUUUGUCAGGAUAAUGCUCCAGGGUUGAACACACCAAUGACCAUAGAUCAUACAGGGGCAUACUUUCGAAGAGACGGUCUCGGAGGCAAUUUCAUCGCCGGCAUUUCACCGGAUGUCGAUGAGGAACCGGAAACGACAAACCUAGACGUCAAUUUUGAAUUUUUUGACAGAAAAUUGUGGCCCAUCCUGGCCCAUAGGGUUCCAGCGUUCAAUGCCCUGAAAGUAUGUAGUGCCUGGAGUGGGUUUUACGAGUAUAACACUUAUGACGAGAAUGGUAUUAUUGGACCUCAUCCUUUGUAUGGGAAUAUAUUUUUCGCCACUGGGUUUAGUGGGCAUGGCAUCCAACAGGCGCCUGCAGUGGGCAGAGCCAUCUCUGAAUUGAUUUUAGAAGGAAGAUUUCAGUCCAUAGACUUGACGAGGUUAGGAUUCGAUAGAUUGUUACUAGAUAAGCCAAUGUACGAAGCAAGAAUAAUUUAAAAUGUUGUUAACUUAUGUUUAGAUUGAUUUUUCAAUAAAAUGUCCUAAAAAUUG